UAGGAGGAGUAGCAGUGAGAAAGAACCCUAAGAUCGAAGUUGGAAAGGGUGAGAGAAGAAUGUCUAGUGUCAAGAGAGCACUGAGACAAUUCACGUUCGGCGCCGGCAAGACCGCCGGCCGGAACUCGUCGGGGCGCAUAACGUCUUUUCACAGAGGCGGCGGAGCGAAGCGAUUGCAACGAACCGUCGAUCUCAAACGGAACGCCGCUUCUUCUAUCGGUGUCGUCGAAAGGAUCGAGUACGACCCUAACCGUUCCUCCAACAUCGCUCUCGUUCGCUGGCUCCACGGCGUUCACCAUCCCCAACGCCGCACCUCCUCCGCCGCUGCUGCCGCUGCUGCGCCCAGGGUUCUCCAACUCGAUCCUGCCGCCGCUGCUAACAGCAACAGCAUUCGCGGCGUGUUCGCGUUCAAUUCGAUGCUUCCGCCCGUUGGAACAACCUCCAGGGACGUUUUCUUCUCUGCGUUUUCAUCGGAGGCUAAGCGACCUGAAUCUGAAAGGGAAUCGGUUUCUUCGUUGGGUUUGCCGAGGAUUGCGGUCGCGGCGGCGAGGCCAGCGUUCUUCGCACCGCGGGAGAGAGGGGAAGAAACGUUGCAGGUUCGGAAUUGGAGAAGGAAUAGCGAUGCGUGGGUGCAUAGGAACAAACGUAAAGCGGCGAUUUCCUGGCACAGCAUCGGGCGUUGAGUUUGAUGCGGUUGGUUCUUGUAAAACUAAACAUAUCACUUUUAUUUUUAAUUUUAUUUUUGGCAGCUUAAUUGUUGCUUGAUUUUGUUUCUCCGAAUGUUGAGGCAUAUGGAAUGGACUGGUGAUGAUGUUUGGGUUAUUUGCUCUGACCUUGAUUAGAGUUUAGACAUGUUUGCUCCAACUUCCGUAUGUUGGCAAUUCUCUAACCUUAAUUAUAAUGCAGUUGACCUUAAUUUGUUCAGCAUGUCUAAAUUCUGCAUAUCGAACCAUUUUGAACAUACGAUAAUUGUCUCUUUAUUUCCUUUUGGUUGAGGAUUAAUUAGAUUAUAAUUAAAAUAUAUUGCAAGCACUUAUCUUAAAAAUGCAGUGCACUAAACUGAGUGCCAUUACAUGACAUGAGUUAGUGCCCAUUAAAAUGGAAUUAAUCCUGUACAUUAAAAUG